AAUAUCAGCGACUUCUCCUUUUUUUCCUCUUCUUGGUCAAGAAAACAAUGAACUCCCUCACAUUCUCAGUUUCAGGCACAAAACAGACAUUGAAGAUCUCAUCUUUUUCCCUUGUCUGAAAACAAAUGCGUUACUCAAAUAAAUCAAAUUCAGCUUAAACCCUUUUGUUCUUUUUUUUUUUUUUGGUCUCCAAAGCUGUUUCUCUUUUGGUUCCUUUAAUAAGUUCAAGAACAGACAGGAAAACAUCAUUUCUUGUAUAUAUUCAUUAAACAAAAGCAUGCUGCUUCAUCUGUUAACUGGUUAGGGUUUCUUGUUAUUGGAGACUGAGCAGAAAAGAUUGGAAUUUAAUGAGAUUUCAUGGAAGCAAAAACAACUUGCUAAUUUGUUACAUAUCUUAUUCUGGUGUAAUAUGUUGGUUUUGAGCUUUACUGAGGUCAAGGAGUGGUAUAAAUUGGGUUUCCAAGGCACAUUAUGCUAAAGUGAAAUAUAAUACACACAAUUACUGAAAUGGAGGUUAAAGAAGCAGAGAGGAUAGUCAUAGCUAAACCAGUAGCUUCAAGGCCUACUUGCUCCAGUUUUAAGUCUUUCUCGGAGCUCCUUGCAGGGGCUAUUAAUGCCGCACCCCCUAAUGCUUGCUCUGCAAACAUAGUGCCUGCAAUAAGGCCAAAGACAGUGAGGUUCAAGCCAGUAGUCAAUCGUGCUCCAUCUGCUAUGGUUUCUUCUCAGGCAGAGCAGUCCAGAAUAGGUAUUUCUAUCUCAUCUGAUAAGGUUUCGAAAUCCGAUGUCAAGCCUACUGUAGUGUACAAACCGCAGGCAAAGCUUGUAUCAAAGACAACUGUUUCUCUGUUAGCAAACAUGGGAAACUUCAGUGCUAGCAACCAACAAAGACUGCAAUCAAUGGAGGCACCAGUUGAGUAUGCAAACUGGGAGAAGAUGAGAGCCCAAGUUAGACCAAAUCAUCAUCAGAAUGCUCCAUCACAGGCAGAAACAGAUCAGACAAGUGAACCUUCGAAGGUGGGAUCUCAAAAUAUGGAGGAGGACCCCAAAGUAUUACCUGCGGUGGCAAAUAGCGAUCGACCUUCUUAUGAUGGGUAUAACUGGAGGAAAUAUGGACAAAAGCAAGUGAAAGGGAGCGAAUAUCCGCGAAGCUACUAUAAGUGUACGCAUCCGAAUUGUCCUGUAAAGAAGAAAGUCGAAAGAUCACUUGAUGGCCAAAUAGCUGAAAUCGUUUACAAAGGUGAACACAAUCAUCCAAAGCCUCAGCCUCCAAAACGAAACUCAUCCCAAGGGUUAGGAGUUACAAGUGAUGGAACCGGUCAAGAUGCCAACAACUCCUUGUGGAGUAAUAAUCAUAAUGAAAGGAACGAAGGUUCUGAAACUAGAGCUGAAAAUCAUAGUGAAGUCGGGUUGUCUGUGCUUCCGGCUUAUCAAGUCAAAGCUCUGGCACCUUACGAACAUGUUACCACCGGUGGAACUUCUGAAAAUUCCGCUGGUCUUAGUGGGGAAUGUGAAGAAGCAAGCAAGGAGGGAGCAGAUGUUGAAUCUAAAAGUAAAAGAAGGAAAAAUGAGAAUCAAUCAAGUGAAGUGGGCACCUUAGGGGAAUGCAUACAAGAACCUCGUGUGGUAGUGCAAAGUUGUACUGAUUCUGAGAUUAUGGGGGACGGGUUUCGAUGGAGAAAAUAUGGGCAGAAGGUGGUGAAGGGAAAUCCAUAUCCCAGAAGUUACUACAGAUGCACUAAUGUAAAAUGCAGCGUGCGGAAGCAUGUGGAAAGAGCAUCAGAUGAUCCAAGAGCUUUCAUUACAACAUAUGAAGGUAAACAUAACCAUGAGAUGCCACUUAGAAACACAAAUCAUGUGACCGCCGCCUCGGAUCCCGAUUCCAACUCACCUGCAAUCAAAGACAAGUGAUGAUAAGAGCUUCCAACUUCAUAUUUGGUUUCGUUAAAGGCUCUAAUCGAGUACACUGAGGAGAUUGACUACGAAGCUCACAAUAUAUAUAUAACAACUUUGUGCUACUAAAGCUGCUUGAUGAAGGGCAGUUUUUCAGACUUCCUGCCUUCACCUUAUUACAUUCUUUUCUCUUUAAUUAAUUGUUUUCUCCAUUACAUAAUAAGUAACAAACUUCAGUACUGUCGUGUUUCAGUUUUUCUACAUCCUAAACUUUUGGGUUAUUGUUAUGCCAAGAAUUUAUGUAGAUUAUUAUGAUGCUAUAUAUGUACAUACUAAUUUUUAUUACAA